CAGACAGUUUUGAUGUUUGAUAUGAGAAAAUGGCGCCCGUGAGCUUGGUGGUGGUAUUACGUGCAGUGAUAUAAACAUUGGAAAAAUAUCAACAUUUUUCAAAUAUGUACGUCUAAUGGGGUUUUUUAAUUAAGGAUUACAGUGAUAGUGUUGUGAAAAUGGCUGCGAAUAUGUAUCGUGUUGGAGAUUAUGUGUAUUUCGAGGCGUCUUCUACAUCCCCUUAUCAGAUCCGGCGUAUAGAGGAAUUAAAUAAAACUGCCUCGGGAAAUGUAGAAGCCAAAGUGAUGUGUUUUUAUAGACGAAGAGAUUUGCCUAGCCAGCUGAUUCAGUUAGCAGACAAACACCAAUGUGCCUUAGACGAGUCUGGAGAAAGUCCCAUUCCCGAGAUGGGUGGCCGCGCCAGCGAGUUGCUCAGUCCGAAGCAGCGACACCAGAUGAAACAUCGAGAGCUCUUCCUGUCUCGACAAGUGGAAACCUUACCUGCGACGCACAUCCGCGGCAAGUGUUCUGUCACGCUAUUCAACGAAACCGAAGCUCUGGCGUCUUACCUCAACAAAGACGACAUGUUCUUCUACUGCCUUGUGUUCGAUCCCACGCAAAAAACCCUCUUAGCCGACAAAGGUGAAAUCAGGGUGGGUUCCAGGUACCAGUGCGAUGUUCCUCCGAUGUUCAAAGAGACGGAAGAGGACGAUCGUAAUCUUAGCGAGCUAGAGACUCUUAUUUGGACGCCGGAUCAUAACCUCAGUGAUAGACAGAUAGAUCAGUUUUUGGUAGUGUCUAGGUCCGUGGGUACGUUCGCUAGGGCGUUGGAUUGUAGUUCGAGCGUUAAGCAACCGUCGUUGCAUAUGUCGGCCGCCGCGGCGUCGCGGGACAUCACCUUGUUUCAUGCCAUGGAUACGUUGCAUCGGCACACGUAUAAUUUAUCGAGUGCGUUGUGUUCGUUGGUGCCCUCGAGCGGGCCGGUGCUGUGUAGGGACGAGAUGGAGGAGUGGAGCGCCUCGGAGGCGAACCUCUUCGAGGAGGCGUUAGAUAAAUAUGGAAAGGAUUUUAACGAUAUUCGUCAUGAUUUCCUUCCGUGGAAAACACUAAAGAAUAUAAUAGAGUAUUAUUACAUGUGGAAAACGACGGACCGAUAUGUACAACAAAAACGAGUGAAAGCUGUGGAAGCGGAGUCAAAAUUGAAACAAGUCUACAUUCCUAACUACAAUAAACCAAAUCCUGCGGCAUUAAAUAAUAACAAAGGUGUUGUUAAUGGUAGUAACGGCAGCUCAGAUCCAGCGGUGUCUUUAGGUGGAAAGGCGUGUGAGUCGUGUAAUGUAACCGUAUCAAACCAAUGGUACGCCUGGGGCCCUUCGCACAUGCAGUGUCGUCUGUGCCAAGCAUGUUGGCAGUAUUGGAAAAAGUACGGAGGGUUAAAGAUACCGACGAGAUUCGGUGACGGUGAUUUUGAAAACGGUGGGAAGAAAAAAUCGGGUAGUGACGUGGACGAGGAAAGAUUGCCCGGCAUGUCACAUCGGCCGCACCGUUGCAAUAUCGGCGGGUGCGGAAAGGAGUUCAAACUUAAAGCACAUUUAGGUAGACAUUAUGCCACUGCUCACGGACUAGUUAUCAGAUCUGGUUCACCGAGACCAAUAAUGAAAACUAGGACGGCGUUUUAUUUGUUCACGACGCCAAUUACUAGGAUUUCCAGAAGGCUGUGCAGACAUAUUAUGAGGCCGAGACACGCGGCAAGGGCACCCUUCUUUGCCAUUAAUAUACAAGCUGUCAAACAGGAGUGCAGUAUACAAAUGGAGGGAAAAUCACUGCCUGAACUGAAACAACUGCUUGUGUACCGGAAGAAGAAUAGGGGUAGUGUAACUGCGAUAGCUACAAGACUGGGUAGACCGAGUCCGAUAGUUGCCCAAUGGUUAAUAUUAACUGACAAGAAUAUGCUGCCACAGCCAGAUCGGGUGGCCUUCCCCAAGCCUCCGAAAGCUCCAGACGGUAGUCUUCUGUACGAGAGGGUGCCCAACAAACCAGAAGCUGAGAAGAUACCUUUGAAUAACAUGUCGCCUUCGCUGAAGAGACGCGCUUAUGAUGAGAUGAACGGAAUGGACAGCUUCUAUUCCGACUUGGAUUGGGAUGAUGGUGUCGCUCUAAGUGCUCCGCCGCCAACAAAAAGAAUAACCAAGGAACCGAUCCAAGUGACACGACCCGAACAAUUCCAAGCCCUGAUGGCCGCUCAAAUGUUACCUGCUCAACCGUUACCCCGUCACAUCGCACAAAUCAACGGCAAACCUAAAAUCGCGCACAUGACGAGAACGGGUUCGGGUAGGAAACAAGUCAUCAGUUGGAUGGACGCUCCGGACGAUGUAUAUUUUAGAGCUACAGAGGCUAACAAAAAAAUUAGACGGCAAGUUACAUUAGCAGAACUAAGGAGAGGAGCCAGGAAACCGUGGAGGCAGUUGCGAACCAAAUUGGACGACCUGCAAGUGGUUGUGUUGGAUUGACAGUGAAUCCAAAUCUACAAACUGUAAAUUAACUUCGCCAAGUGCUCAUUGUGCCGAGGCACAGAUUUUAAGCGGACAUUUUUGAUAGAAAAUAGGCCAGUCUGUGGAUAGUUAUUACGCGAAUCAGUUCGGUUCAUCGUUAAUCCAUUCACUCACGGUAAAAUAUUACAAAACCUCCGAAUUUUAAAAACCGCUUGAAUUGAAAUGAAAUUUGGCAUACACAUAGAUAACAUGUCAAAGAAGAAAAGUGAUAUUGGGCCGAUGUGUGCUUUUGUCCUGAGAGUGAGUUUCACCCCUUAAGGAGGGUGAAAAAUAUACGUUCAAAAUAAGUCCGGAAUUCGAUAAACUGACUAAUUCUAAGCAACUUUUGUUCUAUAGAGUUUUUCACUAAGUCACUACUUUUCGAGUUAUUUGCGAGUGAAUAUGUUCAUUUUUCAACCAAAGAAACACGUUUUUAGACGGGUUUUCGCAAAUAACUCAAAAAUUAAGUAUUUUAUCGAACAAAAUAUUCAUAGCAAAAAUAUAGCUUAUAAAAAAGUGAAAAAAAUGGUGCAUGUAUAAAGUCUGUAGACUCAUAGACGCAGAGUUGUAGCUAAUGAAAAGUAGGUUGUUAUUCGUCAAAUUCCAAAUCGAAUAUUUCAUCGUGAAAUAACCAAAACAGAUAAAACUUACAGAUCAUAUAAACAAUACAUAACUAAAGUAAUUUGUGAAGCCGUAACGAUUAAUUUCGUUUGGAAUGCUAAUUAGGGGGCGAUUUUAACGUUUUUUUUUUACCAAAAAACUUGCUUACUUUUUUGCGAUAAACUUUUUAAGAAAACAAAAAUAAAGCUUUUUAAAAAAAGUACUUUAAAAAAGUUGUGAUAAGUUUUCCCGAAAAGUGCUUCAUUUUUGGUUAUUUCACGUUGAUAUAUUCGAUUUGGAAUUUGACGAAUGAGAACCUACUUUUUAUUAGCUACAACUAUGCUUCUAUGAGUUUACAGACUUCAUACAUACACCAUUUUUUUUUUCACUUUUUUGUAAGAUUUAUGUUUGCUACGAAUAUUUUUUUCCAUAAAAUACUUUUCGAGUUAUUUGCGAAAUACCGUCUGAAAACGUGUUUUUUUUUUGUUAAAAAAUGAACAUUAAACAUCUCUAUAGAACAAAAAUUGUUUAGAAUUAGUCAGUUUAUCCACUUCCGGACUUAUUUUAAACGUACGUUUUUUCACCUCCGGGAAGGGGUGAUACUCACCCUAAGGGCAAAAGCACAUAUCGACACAAUAUCACUUUUUUUCUUUUAGGUGUUAACUAUGUGUAUGUCAAAUUUCAUGUCAAUUCAAGCGGUUCUUUAAAAUUCAGAACAAAAACCGUGAGUAAAUGGACAAUCAUCGUAUUUUUGAUAAAUAAAAUUGUUUUGUUAAUGAAAUCUAUGAGUUGAUACUUUUUGAAACUUUAAAAUGUUUUAGGUAAUAUGUUUGUCUAUUAGAAUCUUCACUUUUGUUGUUAUAUUCAGUGAUUUUAUUUGUUCUAAUUGACAAACAAGUCACAUAAUGCAUUGGUUUAUUAAUUGUGAUGUUUCCCCUUUCCUCAAGUUACCUUGUUUAUAUUUAAUGAACUGAAUUAUAUCUUAUUGUGAUAAAAUGUCAUGUCUUUUGCCAAAUGCCGUACAGAUUUGGUAAGUCUAAUUGUCUGUCAUCAUAAUGAUGUAGUCUUCUCAGACCAUUGUUGGACCUCUAGGUCUUUUAUAUUUUACACUUUUGUCGAUUUCACAGUUUUCUUUAAUAACUUUUUUAAGAUCAAUCUUUUUAUAUUAUGAGUACCUUUAUAUCUUUAAGUACGUCUAUUACCUCUCGUAUUCGCUGUUUUAACAAAUAUAUAAGUACCAAAGUAACACCUUAUUUUGUUGCAAAUUAAGUAUUGUCUUAACAUAACCACUCUGAUGAAGAUACUAAGUUUUAGUAGUGGUUUGUCAAAGUUUUAUGUUGAAUUUGAACAGCAAUUCGUUGUUCUACUCUUAUACGUACCAUUUGUAAUACCGUUUACCAUAUUCAAAUAUGCAUUUAUUUAGAGAAGCGAGCGUUUUUGAAAUCCAAAGGCCAAAAAAUUAUUGUUACUGGUUUUUGGCGCAUGCGUGUUUCUCUUGUAGCAGCGCCAAUCUCAUUUAACAGCCACAUCUCAUAUACACGUUACAUUAUGUAACGGGUAGCUUUUAGACACCACACUCAGUCAAACACAAGUUUAAUUUAAAUAAAAAUAGUUCGAAAUAAAUUAAUAAGAAAAAACUUCUAUGUAAUAUGUUUAAUAAAAAUAAAAUACCAAUCCUGGUGUUCAUUGGAAAUGUCAUCCUACGAUCCACUGUUGAUUGGAAAUGUUAGGAAAACUUAAACAAAAGGACGAGGUAUUGGUCAAUACCCAAACAUUAAGGAGAAAUACUAAGAAAUAUCUCUACUUGGUCUGAGUUAGACGUGGCCGAUUUUAGAGGUGCGAUCUCUAGUGCUCAUCGAUGGAAGUGGUGGGUCUAUGGUAGGAAUGCAAGCAGAGAGUCAAUCAGAGAGAAAUGCUGGUCUAUUAUACUCUGGUGAUUUUUCAGUAUUUGCUUUAUGGCGAAUAUUGCAUCUGUACACGAUCUUCCAGUACGAAAACCUUACAAUGUGUAGCCUUUAUACCCUUUUAAAACGUAACAAAAAACACGAAUGUCCUAUUAUCUUGCUGUAAUUUUAUAAAAUUUUACUCUCGUAUGAUAUACAAGGUGAUUCAGUGAAACGGUACGAUUUGGCAACGCUGCUGACGAUAAAAUAGAGGAACCGCGGGCUUGCUACGUAAACGUUGUGAAUCUAGAGUAGAGAGUGGGAAGUUCAGGUAUCAUGGAGACGUGGUCGGGUGAACAACGCGCAUUUGCUGUGAAAGCUUAUUACAAAAAUGGUGAGUUUUGUGCCUGUACAACGAGCGUUUCGUUUUGACUACCAUUUCCCGCCCCGCGCUGCAGUUCCGUCUAACAUGGUUAUUAAGACUUGGGCUAGGAACUUUGAAAGAAGUGGUUCAACAUCACAGAAAAGAGGUGGCAGUGUCAGAACUGCUCACACACCACAGAAUAUUGAAGCGGUGCGAAAUUCAUUACAAGCGAGUCCUCGAAGAUCCCUGCGACUACGAAGUUUAAAUCUGGGAUUAAGCUAUACCACUACUAGCAGAAUUGGAUAAUCAAGAACGUUAAGGGCUUGCACAAUCUGGAUUUUAUAUAGAUGUACUGGAGAUCUUUAUACAAAAUUCAGCUCGUAUUGGUAUAGCUCAAUCCCAGAUUUAAGCUUCGUCGUCGCAGGAAUCUUCGAGAACUCACGUGCAAUGAAUUUCGCACCGCUUCAAUAUUCUGUGGUGUGCGAGUAGUUCUGACACUGCCACCUCUUUUCUGUGAUGUUGAACCACUUCUUUCAAAGUUCCUAGCCCAAGUCUUAAUAGCCAUGUUAGACGGAACUGAAACGCGGGAUGGCAAAUUGUAGUGUAAACAAAACGCUCGUUCUACACGCACAAGACUUUCACCAUUUUUGUAAUAAGCUUUCAUAGCAAUUGCGCAUUGUUCACACGACCACUUCUCCAUGAUAACUAAACUUCUCACUCUAUAGAUUCAUAACGUUUACGUCGCAAGCCCGCGGCUCCUCUAUUUUAUCGUCAACAACGUUUCCAAAUCGUACCGUGUCACUGAACCACCUUGUAUUUUACCAAUAACUAAUUUUAAUUUGUCCUGUGAUUUCGAUAAUCAAAACGAACGACGAACGAAAACAUGGUUUGAAAACUUUUCACAGGCGUGGCCUAAAACAUAAUCUUCAACAUAAAAGAAGCAGACUUGUGCUUUUGUGGUUCUAGGUUAUGUUAUAAACCAGCGUGCUUUUAAUCACCUCUAGCAAUAUUGUGAAACUUUCAUUGGUGAUGACAUUGGAGGAAACACUGUAAUAUAAAAUAAAAACGCCCAUCACCUUAUGUUUAACUGUUAUAACCAGAUUUAUUUAUUUUAUAUUGUAUUAGUAAAAUGGCGGUACAGCUUUUUGUUGAAAGUCACUAGAGUAUUUAAUCAGAUUCUAACCGAGAAUUACCAUUGUCUUUAUUAAAUAAUCACUUUUUAUGGUUGUAUGGUCAUUUCUGUAUACAGUAUAGGAAAGAAUUUAACGUAGUUAUGCGCUUUCAAUGAGAGCAACAGAGAGAAACGUAUUUAAAACGAUAUCGAAGAUAUAAGAAGGCAGGGCCACCAAAUCAAUUCGUUUCGUAGGUAUGUUUCUGUAAGAUCAGAAAUAAUACACUCCCCGGCACAAAAUUCAGAAACUAAAAAUUUUUGAUUAAGUUUGACAAUUAAUAACUUUAUUAUUUGUACUCCGAUUUUUAAGAUCCUUGCAUCAGUUUGUUGAUCAGUUUACAUGACGUAUUGAUAUCAUUUGUUAUUAUUCAAAGGUAUUCAAAGUUAUACUAUUCAAAAAAGUUAUAAAUUGUCAAACUUAAACAAAAAUAUUUAGUGGCGGAAUUUUGUGCCGGAGAGUGUAUAUUUCAUUUUUUGUAAACGAAUGAUGAACAAAUUAUUUAAAGAAAAAAACUUAGUAAAAAGAUAUUCACUGUUCAGUUAAUGUGAACUCAACUUCUUGCAGUUUUAUUUGACCCACUUUUUUCGGAAGGAAUGCUUUUGGUAAAUGUAGAGGGUUCUAAACUUUGGUGCGUCCGACAAUUGGAAUACUCUUAAAAAUUUGUCAGACAAUAUUGCAGCAAUAGCGCUACAACUCAGGUCGGGCUCUGGCCUCCUUCGGCAUCUGCCUCCAAAUUUUUUUGCAGAAAUUGCUUGAAAAUAUCUCAAAUAAUAAUAUUUGAGUUAUCCUCCCUCUUAAAAAGGUCCGGAACAUUGUUUAAAUAAUCAAAAUGUCAAAAAAUGAAGGAAAAAUUCGAUUUUUUUCUUCGUUUUUUUUUAUUAUAACUUUAAAAGUAUUCAUUUUCGAGAAAAGUUGUACUGACAUAAAAGUUGCGUAAUUAAGUUUCCUACAAUAUAGAAUUGGUUAAAAAUUUAAAAAAUAUUCACCCUUGUUGCAAAAUAGCAAUAAUUGCGAAAAAAACAUACAAAAACAAGUAUUCGCAUUUUACGUUUUUCAACCAUUUAUGCUACACUUAUGACCUUCAUAUUUCACCCAGAAAAACAAUACUGUAAAUUUCAUUAAGAUCGGUUCAAUAGAUUUUGCAAAAUAAAUUUUGCAAUCCUGCUUUCGCAAAAAAAAAAUCAUUUUUUCAAAAUGUUACAGGACGGAAAAUAAAGCAGAUAGCAAGUUGAAAUUUUUUUUGCGUAUAGAAGUGUACUGUACCUUUUAUUUGCAAUUUGCAAAAUUAAAAUUGAUUAACUACGACGGCGUCAGGAAUUUUUUUAAAUAAACAUUAAUUAUUGGUGCUACGCGCAGGGCAGCGAUAGUUUGCUCUGAUUGGGCAUUCCAAUGACCUUUGAUAAUGAUUGAUACAUUUUAAUUUUUAUUACAUUUCGAUAAAAAUAAAUAAAUUUGUUUAUUGCAAAAUAAAAACACAUACUCUAUCCUUUCAAGUAACACACUUUUUAGCAACAACUUUCUUUGUUCAUAUAUUUUAACUUAAAAUUAUUAUUUUUAAACAUAUGCAA